AAGGAUGGUGACAUUAUGUUGGGUGGAGUCUUCUCCUUUCACAACAACUGGAAAGAAAAACAGGAAACAUACCUAAACAAACCUCUGCCACUGCAAUGCACCAGUUUAAAUUUCAGAGAAUUCCAGUUAGUCCAGGCUAUGCUUUUUGCCAUCGAGGAGAUAAACAAUAGCUCAGACCUGCUGCCGGGAAUCUUUCUGGGCUAUAAAAUAUAUGAUACGUGUGGAUCCAUUGCUAGAAGUGUAAAAGUUGCACUUUCAUUGCUUAACAGUAAUGACAAUGCAUCUGCUCCUUCUAAAGCAUGUACAAAACCURCACAUGUGCAGGCUAUAAUGGGAGAAGCCUCUUCAUCUCCCAGCACAGCAAUAGCUACUGUUAUUGGGUCAUUUCAUAUCCCACUGAUCAGCCACUUUGCUACAUGUGCUUGUCUCAGUGACAAAACUAAGUACCCCUCAUUUCUCAGAACCAUACCCAGUGACCACUAUCAGAGUAGAGCCUUGGCCCUUCUAGUCAAACACUUUGGAUGGACCUGGGUUGGAGCUGUUAGAACCAAUGAUGAUUAUGGCAACAGUGGCAUGGCAACAUUCACAGAAACUGCGGAGCAGCUGGGCAUCUGUUUGGAAUAUUCUAUUUCCUUCUAUAGAACUGACUCAUCAGACAAAAUACUUAAGAAUAUUAAUAUAAUCAAAGCCUCAACUUCAAAAGUGAUUGUUGCUUUCCUCUCCCAAGCUGACAUGGAUGUCCUUAUACAUGAGUUUUCCAAACACAACUUGAGUGGGUACCAGUGGGUUGGUACUGAGGCUUGGAUCUUUGAUUUUCAAACUGCUGCAGGGGAUACAAACCAUCUCCUGGAUGGAGCUAUAGGUCUUUCUAUCCCAAAAGCAGAUGUCAGUGGUUUGAAAGAGUUUCUUCUAGAUGUGAAACCACUUAAUUCAACAGAUACUAACUUGUUUACAGAGUUCUAUGAGGCACUAUUUGGCUGCAAGUUCAAACCAUCUCAGUCAGAAGAGAUUCAGAGUCAAUGUACUGGACAUGAAGAUCUGACUGGAGUGGAAAACACUUUCACUGACAUGUCCCUCAUGCCUAUUUUCAACAACAUGUAUAAAGGAGUGCAUGCAGUGGCCCAUGCUUUGCACAAUAUUCUCAGCUGUAAUGAAAUGUGCAACAACAAUUUGCAGCUAGAGCCUUUAACAAUUUUACAGCAGAUACUAAGGAUUAAUUUUGAAACAAAUGAAGGAGAUGUGGUUUAUUUUAAUGAACACGGAGAUCCACCAGCAAAAUAUGAAAUAAUAAACUGGCAGCCAAGACAAAAUGGCAUUGUAAACUUUGUCACUGUUGGUCUUUAUGAUGCAUCUUUACCUGCAGACCAACAAAUGAAUGUGAAAACAGAAACUUUAAUCUGGGCACAAAAAGCAAAACAGGUUCCUGUGUCAGUUUGUAGUAAACCCUGUCCUCCAGGAACAAGCAAAGUUCUUCAGAAAGGAAAACCUGUUUGUUGCUAUGACUGUAUAAGAUGUGCAGAGGGGGAAAUUAGCAAUAUCACAGAUUCUGUGACCUGUGUGAAAUGCUCUCCGGAGUUCUGGUCAAAUGAGAAAAGAGAUGCCUGUAUAAAGAAGGAGGCCGUGUUUCUGUCAUAUGAAGAAAUUAUGGGAGCACUGCUUACGGCAGCUUCUUUAUUUGGAACAUGUCUAAGUGCUGCUGUAGCUAUUAUUUUCAUAAAAUAUAGGAAAACUCCUCUUGUCAGAGCAAACAACUCUGAGCUGAGCUUCCUGCUGCUUUUCUCAUUGACCCUGUGUUUUCUCUGCUCUCUGACCUUCAUUGGACGUCCCUCUGAGUGGUCCUGCAUGCUCCGUCACACAGCUUUUGGUAUCACCUUUGUCCUCUGCAUCUCUUGUGUUCUGGGGAAAACAAUGGUGGUUUUAAUGGCCUUUAAAGCUACACUUCCAGGCAAUAAUGUGAUGAAAUGGUUUGGACCUGCACAACAAAGACUCAGUGUUAUUGGUUUUACUCUUAUACAAAUAAUUAUAUGCAUCCUCUGGUUAGCAAUUUCCCCUCCUUUUCCAUCAAAAAAUGUUGAAGGAUUUAAAGAUAAAAUUAUCUUGGAGUGUGCUCUAGGCUCUUCUAUAGGUUUCUGGUCUGUACUUGGAUACAUUGGACUUCUGGCUGUGUUUUGUUUCAUCUGUGCUUUUUUGGCUCGAAAACUGCCUGAUAAUUUCAAUGAAGCAAAAUUUAUCACUUUUAGCAUGUUGAUAUUUUGUGCAGUUUGGAUCACGUUUAUUCCUGCAUAUGUUAGCUCACCUGGAAAGUACAGUGUUGCUGUAGAAAUAUUUGCCAUUCUUGCCUCCAGUUUUGGACUGCUGAUUUGUAUUUUCCUCCCAAAGUGUUAUAUCAUGCUGAUAAAACCAGAUAAAAACACAAAGAAAUAUUUGAUGGGGAAAGGACCACAAAAAGCAUUUUAA